AUGAAUCAGGGUCAACUUGUGGGAAAGGGGGGCGUUUCAACGACUGGAGAAGGGGUCCGCAAAAAGCUGAAGGUUUCUGUUCCCCACUUUGACAACUCUGAUUUGAUCAAGAGUUAUGCUAUGACCUUGAUUGGGCGGUGCAUGAACCCGGAGAAACAAAAGAUUGGUGCGCUAUUGGUGAUGAUUCCGAAGAUAUGGAAGGUGGAGGAGAGGGUGACGGGUGCAGAUUUGGGAAAGGGGAUGUUCCAGUUCCAUUUUGAGAAGGAGGAGGACAUUGAAGCGGUUUUGGAGUCACAACCAUACCAUUUUGAUUACUGGAUGAUCUCAGUGGCUCGGUGGCAGCCAAGAAUGUCAAGAACUUUCCCAUCAGAAAUUCCUUUUUGGAUCAAAGUGGAGGGUCUCCCAACAGAGUUCUGGUCAACACCAGCAUUUCAGAGCAUCGGAGAUGCGAGUGGCGAGACAACGGACGUGGAUUUGGACUAUGGAAAGAUGCGUGUCGUGGUUGAUGGCUUUAAGGAGCUAACAUUGGAGACAACUGUGGAGUUCAAAGGGGGAGAAUUUUAUGAUGAGGAAGAGGUGUCGGUUUCUCUUAAAUACGAGAAACUGUUUGGCUUCUGUAAACUCUGUUUUAGUCUCUGUCACGAGGAAGAUCUAUGCCCACUGAAUCCAAAGAGCACAGAGAAGAAGAAAGAUAUCAGAGAUGAGCCGGUGGGCAGGAGAGAGGAUCGAGCCAGGAGCUACAGAGGGGUUGUGAUUAAUGGUGAAUGUUAG